GUUUGCUUGCCGGAUGAUUGGUGGCUGGCAGGCACGCCCCUGUCAAUCUGGCUUCCUCGAGGGAACAAAUCACCGCGACAUUGAGGCAUUCCCAGGGUGAUCUUUGCAACAGACGCGCGACCAGGCAAGUGAUAAGCUUGAUAGCCAAACAGGGACCCGGCGGGGGGAAAGAGAAUUGGUGAUGUCUUCGGCCUUUUGUUCCUCCUCCGCAUCUUCAUCGGUCCAUCAUCAACCCCGAGGGCGCCACUUUUUUGUUCUCCCUUUCCUCCUCUCGCGACUUUGGUCCUUGAUUCACUCGCUCCCAUCCUCUACUCGCCAACUCUCGCCGCCAUCAUCGUCGCGUGUCCUUACACUUGAUGCCACUCGCUUCAAGGGCUGCAGUCUGGUGCACCUGCCCGUGAUGAUCGCCAAGUUGGUAUCACCGUUGGGCUCUCCCAAGUUGGCUGCCACAACGGCGCAAUUCCGAAAUCGUUUGCCGACCCAAUUUCGGCGCGGCGCGCCUCUUUACAUCGCCGUUGUCGUUUUCGUCCUUUUCCUUUUGAACGUAACACUCUUUCACUCAGGUGUCCAAGACACAACGUUCGUUCUCCCUCACGUCGCGACCAAGCAUAAUAUUCCCAAGUACACGCGCGCUGAGUUUCCGCGAAAGAUAUGGCAGACUUGGAAAGUCAAUCCGCUUGCGUUUGAGCAACGCGAUCUCGACACCGCGCGGUCCUGGGUGGGACAGAACCCCUCAUACCGAUACGAAGUUCUGACCGACAGCAAUGACAUGCAGUACGUCGAGUGGCAUUUCGGCCCCGACGGAUUCAACCGACCCGAUAUCGUCAACUUUUACCGAAGCGUCAAGGCUGCAAUUGUCAAGGCCGAUCUCUUGCGGUACCUAGUCAUGUACGCUGAGGGCGGUCUUUAUGCCGACAUCGAUGUUGAAGCCCUCAAGCCGCUUUCGAAAUUUGUGCCGGAGCGGUACGACAUGGCUGAUAUUGAUAUGGUCAUUGGUGUCGAAAUCGACGAGCCGGACUGGAAGGACCAUCCCAUUCUUGGACCCAAGUCCCGCUCGUUUUGUCAGUGGACUUUCAUGUGCAAGCCGCAACUGCCAGUCAUGAUGAGGCUGAUUGAGCAAAUCAUGACCUGGCUGAACGGGGUUGCUAAAGAGCAAGGUGUGCCGCUUGCUGAAGUCAAGCUCGAUUUUGACCAGAUCAUCAGCGGAACAGGCCCAUCAGCCUUCACCAACGCCAUCAUCGCCGAGAUGAACGAUGCCAGCCAUAAUCCGGGUAAACCGAUCACCUGGGAUACGUUCCACGAUCUGGGGGAAUCCAAGCUUGUGAGCCGCGUUUUGGUCUUGACGGUUGAGGCCUUUGCUGCUGGCCAGGGCCAUUCCAACUCGGGCAACCAUGACGCGCGCGCCGCCCUGGUAAAGCACCACUACCACGCCUCGAAUUGGCCCAGCCGACACCCGAGAUAUAAACACCCGGCAUACGGUGAGGUCGAACAGUGUAACUGGGUUGACGAAUGUGUCAAGAAGUGGGACGAAAACGUUGCCGCUUGGGGCAAACUCUCGGAAGCCGAACAGAAGAGCAUUCUCGCCGAGAAGGAACGAAAAGAAAAGGAGCGUGAGGAACAGCGGAAGAAGGAGGAAGAGGAGCGCAAAAAGAAGGAAGAGGAGGAUCGUAAGAAGAAAGAAGAAGAAGACAGGAGGAAAAAGGAAGAAGAGGAGGCUAAGGCAGGUAAAGAAAAGGCAGCCAAGAAGAAUGCCGGUAAAGGGAACGAGAAGGCGGCAAAGGACAACAAACCUUAGGAAUGGUUCUGAUGUUCUCUUGCCUGCUUCAUCCGCUCGUCAAACUGUUGGUUGUAGAGAGGCUAGGUCUGGAACUUGGAUGGUAAAACCUCUGUCUUCGGUGCGUUACCGUACGACCAGGAUACCAGGCACUCACUGCCGAAGAGACGGGAGUUUUCCGCGCCAGCCAAAUCCCCCAAGGGGUUUCUCCAAUCGGUGCAUAAUGCGGUCAUGUAUUUCACGACGAAAAAGAUAUCGUAUAGUUCGGAUGUCAUGAUGUAAAAGCCCAGUGACCGGCAGUCUGGGCUUUGAGCGACGUUGCGGGAGACAUGACGGGACGGACUGGUCGGUAUAUAAAUAUGAUCAAGAUAAACAAAUCUGGUCUAGUUUUGAUAGUAGACGUUGGCCAACGAAUACCU